AUGACUGAUGACGUGUUUUCCAGCCUGGUCAGGUCCUCCAGAGCAGUCAAGGCGAGAGCUGCCGCUGCGCAAAAGCCUCUGUCGCUGGAGUUGAAGGGGUCAGGGAAGGCGACCGACUUUGCUGAGCAGUUCCGCGCUUAAUCGGAAAGCUAGAAGCACGGGAAGGCCCGCAUGGAGUUCAUCCUGCUCCACCUGCCCGAUUACAGGGAUCAGCCGGACGGCGGCGGCCGCCUGCGCCAGCCGCUGGCGCUGUCCAUGGUUUGGGCCAACCACCUCUUGGGCUGCAGUUACAACAAAGAAUUUUUAGACAAGGUAAUAGAAAUGGUUGAUGGAAUUGAAGUAGAAGAAAGAUCUGUCAGUUUAAAACUAGAGAUGAAUUAAUUUUUAAAAAGUAAAUAUAGAAUAUCUCAGUCUUCAGUUUGAGUGGUUAUAUUGAACUUAACUGUUAAGUCCUCUAUGAUAUCAGAGGACUAAGUAUAUCAGAGGGUGCUGAGAAUAAGGAAAAUGCCA